GUUGUGUGGGAUGAUGCCCAUUUGAAGAAACUCAUUGAUAUAUUGAGAGAAGAGGUUUCAAAUGGAAAUAGACCAUUAGGUCAUCUAAGCAAGAAGGGCUGGAAAAAUGUUUUGGAGAAAUGGGAAGCAAGAACGGGAAAGAAGUAUCCCAAGGAUAAAUUCAAGAACAAAUGGGAUGCAAUAAAAAAUGAGUAUGUUUGGUUCAUGGAGCUGAAAAAUGAAGCUAUUGGACUUGGAUGGAAUGAUGAAAAGGGGACCGUUGAUUGCUCAAAAGAAUGGUGGGACGAACAUCUUGUGAGAUGCCAGGAGAGGACAAAAAAGAAAUGCAACCAUUUGAAGUUCAAAAGGCAUGGACCAAAGCACCUUGAAGAUUUGCAUGUCAUAUUUCAGAAUGUACAUGUCACUGGGGCUAGUGCUUCUUGUGCUGGAGAUAUUUUCUCCGAUGAAUCAAGUGAUGACAAUGCAGUUCUUUUGGAGAAACCAGAAGAUAAUGCUGAAAUAAAAUUGUCCUCUAUGAAGAAACCAAGUGCAAGCAAGAAGCGCAAGCAACCCUCUAAUGUAAAUGAGGAGAAGGAUGAAAAGAGUCCCUUCUUACGGUUUUACAAGCAGACAUGUCAGAAGAUAGAAAGUGGAGUCGACAAGAUAACCUCAAGUGUGGAGGCAUCAUCAGCGCCAACCAACCAUGUCCCUCCCAUUUCAGAGGUCAUGAAGAUGGUGAAAGAAUGUGGUGUCAAAGAAGAAACUGCUCUCAUGCACACAACGCUCACUCUUAUGGUGAAGCCUGACUUUAGGGAAAUCUUCAAUGCUCUUGAAACAAAAGAAGGGAGGCUUGAUUAUCUGAAGAGGGAGCAUGAGAGGGAGAUGUUGAAGCAUGUGUAGGCUUAUGUUCUAGAACUAUAUUUGGUUACGUCGUGGUCUUGUGGAUCAAAUGUGUUUUGUUGUAGACCAUAUUUGCUUAUGUUGUGAACCAUAUUUGCUUAUGUUCUGGAACCAUGCUUGCUUAUGUUAUGAACCAUAUUUAUUUCAUUUGUCGCGACAUGAUUGUGUUGUGAACAAUA